ACAAAUAUCCAGCUGUAUUUAUUUUCUUUUCUCUCUAAAAAGUUAGGUAUUGGGUUCUUCUUCUUCUCCUCCUCCUUCAAAAAGCUCUCAAUCAAAUCAAAUCAAAUCAAAUCCACCUUAAUCAUCUCUCUCUCUCUCUCUCUGCUCAAAUCACUCAUGGCGGAUAAAGGCCCACCAUUGCCAAAGUUCGGUGACUGGGAUGUGAACGACCCAGCAUCAGCCGAAGGAUUCACAGUUAUUUUCAACAAGGCUAGGAACGAGAAAAAGACAGGUGGCACUUCAGAUUCACCACCUAAAAACGAGUCGACGUAUAAUAAGUCUGGGACCGCUACUCUUGGGAAGCCUCAAUCUAAAAAAUGGUUCUGCUGCAUGGCAUAAAAGCGAUGAGAGACUCCUUGUAUCUUAUCGGGCUGGAGGUCAUUCUGCUUUGAUUUUAUGAUGAUAAUGUAACCUUGAACAAACAAGUAUAUGUUUGUGAUUGCCUUUGUUCACUCUUUCCUUCUUAAAAAAAGUCACUUUUUAAUUUUAUUUUUUAUUUGAAACCUAA